GACUGCAAGAGAGCCCGUACCGAGAAUCACCCGGAGCAUGAGGGCCACGACCACGUUCACGAGGAGCGGCACACUGUUGAGCAGCGCGCUGUGGAUGAGGAGGUUGCCUGCCCCGCCAUUGCCCGCGCUCUGGUGUCGGCUUUGCUGAGCAAAGGCGUCAUCGCAGCAGAGGAGCUCCGAGUCGGCAUUGAGAAGGUAGAUGCAGGAGAGCAGCAACGAGGAGCAGUCGGACGUCGCGUGGUGGCACGGGCUUGGACGGACGAGACGUUCAAGUCCCGGCUGCUCACGGAUGCCAACAGCGCCUGCUUGGAGCUGGGAAUCUCAGCGACGAACCCGACGGCACCUACACGGCUCGUGGUCUUCGAGCAAAAGCCCGAGGAGCACCACCUGAUCGUCUGCACUCUCUGUAGCUGCUAUCCGUUGACCUUGCUGGGGCUCUCCCCGGAUUGGUACAAGUCUCGAGAAUACCGAUCACGCGCUGUACGUGAGCCUCGCUCCGUGUUGAAAGAGUUCGGAACCGACAUUCCUGCUGACAUGCAGGCCCGGGAGGGGAAGAGCAAGCAAGGCCAACUGGUGGAGGACUUCAGAGUUUUGGGGCCGUCCUUGAAAGAAGUUGACCGGGAUCCCCGCAAAGGCACAUUGCGCACCAUCGUACCGAGAGCGGGCCGCAAUGGACUCAACUGUACCGCCUCAUUCUGA